AUGAGUAUUAAAGAGCUACCUGAAAUUCCAGUAUCAACGGUUGGAAAUUUUUUGGGUGAGUCAAAACCUGCAAGUGUGGAGGAGUACUUACGACCGCUUGUAAAAGAGCUCAACGGAUUGAUGGAGAAUGGCAUACAAAUCGCCAAUAAGCUAAUCGAAGUACGCGUUGGGGCUUUCAUCGCUGACUCGCCUGCACGAGCUUUUAUAAAAGGCGUGGUCUACUUCAACCACAAAAAAGGAUGCCAGAAAUGUACUGUUGAAGGAAAAUUUGACAAAACUGCAAGAGUGAUGUGUUUUCCCGGGAUUGACGCACCAGUGAGAACGCAUCAAGAUUUCAAGGAUUCUAAAUACGGUGAACAUCACAGGGAAACAACGCCACUUAUAGACCUUCUUCACUUCGAUAUCAUCGUUAAUGUAAUUAUUGCUGACCUAUUGCACCUGAUUGACUUUGGAGUUACACGCAAAGUUAUUAACGGCUGGAAAUCCGGCAAGUUUGGUGGAGGUCCCAAAUGGAGUCAAGAAACAUUAAACAGAAUUAAUAAUAUUCUCAACAACGUGGAAAUCCCUUUAGAAUUUCACCGCAAAUUGGGUAGUAUUGAAGAUACUGGUUUUUGGAAAGCCAGUGAAUUCAAUAUGUUUUUGAACUAUGCUAGUUUCAUAGUGUUGAAGGAAGUGUUGUCUAAAGAACAGUAUGAACAUUUUAUGUUAUACUAUUGUGCGAUUAGACUAUUCUCUUCGGAAUGUUACAGAGAGCAUUGGCCAGCUGCACAUAUUUUGCUUGUACAGUUUGUUGAACAGUAUGGUACUCUUUACGGGGAACAUCGUAUAACCAGCAAUGUGCACAAUUUAUUGCAUGUGUACGAAGAUGUAAAGAAAUUUGGAGCACUUGUACAUUUUUCAUCGUAUCGAUAUGAAGCCAAGUUACACGAUGUGGGUAGAUCCCUAAGAAAUGGCCAUAAUGUUUUAGUACAGGCUGCAAACAGGAUAUCGGAACAGAUUCCAACACGUCCGUCAAGCAGUAAAAAUUCCCAAUUUCCAUAUAUUGAAUCCAAACGUUAUGGGGCAGUUGUACACAUUAACUCAAUUAUUACUCUUUAUCCAAGUGAACAAUCAAAUUGGUUUCUGUUGGGAGCACCCUAUGUCGCGAUUGCCGAUCGGUUGACGGAUAAGCCGAUCACUCCCGAUGAUACGCGCUAUCAGCGAGAGAGUGACAAGUUUCGGUCUCUUCGCUCCCGACCGGCCCGUACGACGGACACCAGCUACAAGUAG